GAUUAUUAUUAAACAUCAUCGCAACUGGGAGUGAUGAAAUAUUUAGUAAUGAUUAGUUUAGAAAGGAAUCGUUUUUAUCGUGGAAGGACUAAAUUUCAGAAAGUUAACGCAUUUUUAAAAAAAAAGUCAGGCUCUUUUUAGCAUGAGCCGUAAGGAAUUUUAAUGUUUCCUUUAAAUUGAAACGAUUCACUAUCAUUCACUGCGUUGACUGAAAUUGAGAAACCAAAACGAAAACAGUCCACGGCAGUUGAUGUAAAUGUAGGGCUACAUUUAAAUAAAUAGUUUCAAUUUCUUUCUAGUAAUGUAAAGUAAAGUCAUACUAUGUAAUUAUGUAAUGAGUAAUGUAAGUUAUGUUCUCUAAUUCUCAGUCAUUAUUAAAUUAUUGCAAACUUAACUGUCUCAUAUGGUCAAUUCAAAAAAAAUAACAGUAACAGGCAUAAUUACAUUUAUUAGUAUUUCCGGUACAUUUUUAACUAAUUACAUAAUAAUUUUGUUUAGUAAUUAUAAUUAUAUUAUUAUUAUACUUAUGCAUUUGAAUCAUUUUUUUCCGUUUUGCUCAUUAGUUUUAUCAUUCAUUACACUUCAUUGUAAUUUAUUAUCAUUUUUUCAAGAUGAUGUUUAAAUUUCAUUGGGAGAUAAUUAAAUUCAUGAUUCAUGACUUUUCAUGUGUUUCUAUUUUUUUUUUCCUUUGUUUUUUUUUUUAAAGCCACUCUCUUCUCAUUCUUAACUAAAACUCUUAAACUUUAACGUUAACACCCACGUCCCGACCAGGGCAAAAACCACAACAAACAUUAAUACAAUCCAACUCCAACACUAAAAGAACUUGAUCAUUAUGAAUAACUAAUAAUCAGGCUGCUUAUUCAAUAAAGGAAAGGAUGAUAGGGACACAGAAUUUCAACGUUCGCUUUCUUCUGGUUUAUGGUUCAGCAACAGGACAAGCACAAGCCAUUGCCGAAGAAAUUGCUGAAAAAUCUCUCAGUUUUGGCUUAAAAGCUGAUUUACAUAGCUUGGAAGAAACAGGAACAGGAGUAAGAAUUGAAUCAGUAGUCAGUAGAAAGAGUGGACAUACACAUGAUUUAGAAUAAAACCUUGUUCAAUUUUUUAACAUCUAGUCUAAGAUGUUAUAAAUGUUUUUAAUAUUCACACCAUUUGUCUACAUAAUAAAAAUUGUUUUUUGUAUUUUAGAAUAAAAUAACAUUUAAUUUUUUUGUCUGCAGUUCAAUCUUGAAAGUGAGACGUGUGUGGUAAUUAUAACAUCAACAACUGGGGAUGGCAAUCCUCCUGCUAAUGCAGAGAAGUUUGUGCGAAGGAUAAAGAAGAAAACAUUGUCACAUGACUACUUGCAAUCCUUAAACUAUGCAAUAUUAGGUAAAGGAUGAAAUUUAUAUAGGCCAAAUGAUGAACAUAUCUUAUAAAAUAAAGUUUAAAUUUCAAUAAAUUUUUAUUGGUUUUCCAUUAUUGUAUAUCAAUAUAAAGCAUUAAUCUAUAUAGCGUCAUCAAAAUUUAUUUAUAUUUUAAAAUAACCUUUUUCCAGGGUUGGGAGACACAAAUUACUCCAAUUUCUGUCGCUGUGCCAAAGAUAUUGAUGCACGAUUAGAGGAAUUAGGAGCAAAAAGAUUCUAUUCAACUGGACAUGCUGACGACGGAGUAGGGUAAAUAUGAUAUAUUUUAUCAAACCCAUAUACAUUUUUAGAUUGAUCAUUCUGAUUCUUUAUCUUUGCACUCAAUUUUGUAUGUUCACUUGUACUAUUGGGAGUUUAAAAAAUGCUUUUCCCAAGUUAGUCACAAGUUAAUGAUUAUGUUAAUGCUACUUCUACAUAUAGGGGAAAACUGCUCACCUACAUAGACAAUAAACACCAAGUGAACUCCUGUUCUGCAUUGUGUUGUCCGCAUGGUUCAUGUUUUGACCUUUCCCUAGGAGUUCACCCUUAUUACAUGCUUAAAAUAGUUCAAAAAUUUUUUAUUAAUAAAGCUCCUUAAUGUCAAAACAAAGUGUCUUGCUACGACUAAAGUAAAAUGUUGAUAGGAGGAGCCAUUUUGAUAUAAUGAAAAAGCAUCCUAUUGCAUUAGUACAUUUGUAGGUCUCACUAUCCAUAUUAAUAAUUACAAAGGACAACAGAUAGUUUGGUUUGUCAAUCGGAUCUGAUAUUACAUAUUCUUGCAACCAAUGAUAAAACUUAUUAACUGUUGUUGACAGACUUGAAGUUGUUGCAGAGCCUUGGCUUGAAGGCUUGUAUCCAGCUCUACAGAAGUUUCUAGGGAUCAACCAGACAAUGGAAGCUUCCCUGACUGAAGUUGUUCAUAGUUUAACUCUCUCUGAAAAUGAGGAGUCAAAGUUAUCCCCAAACAUUAAUGUCAACUUAAAAACAACAUCAAAGGUAGAUUCCGGUACAUCUUCAAGCUUUGAUAAUGUCUCCAGUGACUCUGACAGAGUUUUGCCACAAAAUAUCUGUAGCAGCUUAAGUAUUACUGAUUCAGCUGUGAAAGAAGAUGGGGAUGACCAUCACUGUGUGUCAGAGAUAAAUAUCUCAAGUGAGCCAUUUGAUGUGCCAUCACUUCAGAUAAAUGGAGAAAAUAAACAGUUUUUUAAUGGAGUUGGACAUUGGCCAAAAAACAGCUUACUCAAUAACACAAAGCAACAAAACUGUGAAUGGAAAGAUACACCAUGUGUGCCGGUUUCAUGUACAAAACAUUCAGAGGACUUACCUCCCUUACUUACAAAGCCUCAAACCUCUUUAUCAGAAAAAGAUCUGACAAUACCAUUGUUACCUCCACCUUACUUGGGUCUUACCUUCUGUAACGACAGUAUUGAGGUAAUUUAUUAUUUUCAUUUUUUACUAAACUCUACUCAGUUUAUUACUUUUGUUUUCACUGAUAUAGAUAUAAUAAUUUUAAUAUUUGGGAAAAUUACCGUUUCUCUUUGCUAGUUUAAGCAGCAAAAAUUUUCAGAAGACAAGUAAUUAAUGUAUGCAUUAAAAUACUAAGAUCCGACGUUUUCUUGAAGUUUUUUGUAUAAAAAUGUAAUUUCAUGUCAUUAGAAAAAUGUCCAUUUUAUUAAAUCAAUAUAAUCAGCUGUAUCCAAAAUGACUUACAUAUCACUGAAGGAUAUCUGGUUUUAGUUAGGACUGCUGCAUUGAAAUACUGAUGCUGUAUAAUGUUUGUUCCAACGAUAUUCUUUGCAGACUUCCUCCCUCAAUUAUCAGAAUGGAUGCAAACUCCCCUGUGCAGCAUCAGAAGUCUUCAAUGUAACUUUAUCAUCUGCUAAAGUGCUCACAACCCAAGAUUCAGUAAAGAAAACUUUAUUACUUCAAUUAAAUACUGAGGUUAGUAUUCUAGUUACAUUAAAUUAUUUUUUUAAAAAGCAUUUUAUUAAUUAUUCCACCACUUGUAACUUAACUGAUAAGACAACAGCUGUUUUACCUGAAAGUAAUGUGUUUUAAUCUUGUUGCCAUGUCCGCUGCUGUUUUUUGUUUAAUUAUUAGCAUUUAUCUACUCCCAGAGCAUCGCUGUCAAACUUGAUCAAUGCUAUGUUAUAACCUCUCUAUUUCCCCUUAGCUGGGGAUGGCCCAGGGUGAAUUCAAACCAAACACCUCAUGGUAGAGGGGGCAAGCAAUUUUACCAAUGUGGCACAUGAACAUCAUUUCAAAUUCAAUAAUUCAAUUAUUUUUACUAUUUUUUUUCUGUUUUCCGCAUUCAAAGACAUCAAAUAUAUAAAUAUUUGAACUGCAAUUAUAUUUUUGAAAAAUUAGUUAUUAUUUUUUAUAGCUUGUUAAAUUAUACUUCCCUGACUGAUUCCCCUCCUCUGACCGAUAAACGAUCUAGCUGGCUUCCGUCCAUGGUUUGCCUUGUAUAAGUUAUGUGAUUGGGUGGGUGAAUAUACAUUGCUGUAUACAUAAAUGUAUUUUAUUUUAAUGUCAUGAUUAUGUCUCUUUUGAUAAAAAAUUUUAUGUACAGCGCGGUGAGCCCAGCCCUAGGCUGGGGUACCGUGCUAUAUAAGACCUCUUAUUAUUAUUAUUUUUAUUAAUGAGCAAAAACUUAAAAGAAAAAGAAACAUCUGAUGAUUAGACUAAUGUUAGUUGCAUUCAGAUAAAUAAUGCACUCUUAUUUUAAGAAGUUCUUUAAAAAUGUGCUCAUUAUAAUAUGUAAAAGUACCUUCUUUUUGCAAUAAAAAUUUAAUUUUCUCCCUUAGAGCUCCAGUUUUGAGUUUAGUCCUGGUGAUUCUAUAUCUGUUCUCUGUGCCAACAACACAAGUGAAGUUUGUCUUCUCUUAGAGAGGUAAAUAUACAAAUAUAAAGGGUACUGGCUGUGCAAUCAUAAUUUUAUGGAAUGCAUCCACUUCACAAUGGUAUUGUUUUCUAAUGGAUCUAAGAAUGUGUAUCAAAAGUAAUGGCUCAAUAAGUUCUUGACAAUGGAAAGAAACACUGCCCUACAAAUCCAUGGAAUCAACACGGCUUGAAACAUGUAGAAAAUUCUUAAAUUUUUUGUUGUUGCAUGUUUGACAUAAACUCAAUGAAUAUUUAACUCUCCUUCAUUGUUUGUAUUAAUUACCGGGUAUUUAUUUUUAUAGACUCAAUGCUUUAAAUUGUGCUGACCAGACAGUUACGCUGGCUGUCCUUCCAGACACCCAGAAACGACGAGCUGCUGUUCCUGCUCAUAUACACAUUACUUCUACAUUAAGACACAUCUUCACAACAUGCCUGAAUAUUCGUGAAACUCCCAGUAAGGUGUGUCUUCAUAUCUUUAGUUACACAGUAUUGACGAUAUCCAUAGCCAUACUUCUUACAUUUAGUCAGCAUAUCAAACUGACAAUCUACUGUAAAUGCUUCCAAACUUCGAUGUUAGCAGUAGAUACAAGAACUAAGGAAGAUAAUUUGAAUUGUUUAUUAUAUGCGGUUAUUAUUUUUCAAAAUAGUAGAAGAAGGGGGUUGGAGCAUGAAGUAAUGUUGUUUUUUUAAAUAUGGAGUGCAUACAGAAAUGUGUAAAAUUGGCCUAGAUAUAAAUAAAUUAGUUAAAGAAUAUCUUGGAGGUAAAAAAAAAAAGAUAUGGUCUUAGUUGGUGUUAAUUAUCUUAGAAUUAAAAUAAUUGGACAUAGCCAGCAGUUGUGUGUUGUACCAGUGUAAUCUACUUGGAAUUAAGUUGUGUCUUAUGAUAUGAUUCAUUGUACCCAGGCACAUGUGCUCAUAUUUCAUUCAUAUCUGUAAUCUUAGGCUCUGGUCAGAAGUCUAAUAGAGUACACGACAAACCCUUGUCAGAUACGACGCAUGCAGGAGCUGUGUAGUAAAGAAGGAGCUGCUGAAUACACUGAUCAUAUCCGAGGCAAUCAGUUGUCUAUUCUAGAUUUCCUGUACGCAUUUCCAUCAUGCCAACCACCAGUGGAGCGACUCAUAGGUAUAUUAUUCUGAGCAUAAAAAUAUUCCCUUAAUAAUGUACCUAAAAUUUUAAACAUACAAAUUUGAUAAUCUUAUGAAGGAAAUGUUUCUCACUGAUGCUAGUUAGACAUCAUAAAUAAUCUAUUGGUGCAUAUUCAAUGACAUGGAUAAUUAUGAUUGAUUGCUUGUAUUUCUUGAUUUUUCUAGAACACCUACCAAGGCUACAGCCAAGGCCUUAUUCUAUAUGCAGGUAAGUUGUUUGCUCUGAUUGUAAUUGAGUUGAAUUUUUUUUUUUUUAAAUUUUGGUCACGCAAUUAAAUUUAUAACUGCAUUAUCUGGUGCCAGCUGAUGUUCAUUUAUAACAUUUUUUUGUCCUCCUCCUCUAUGGCCCUACAGUCCAACCCACACCACUCCAUGUUCUCCGUGUCAUCCUUAUCCUCAGCUAUCCCUUAUCCAAACAAUAUCCUCCUUUAACAAACAAAACAAUUGUCAGUGGUAAAUUAAUUGUACCAAAUUUUUCUUACAUGUCGUAAUAGGAAAUAAUAAAUUUCUGUCAGAGAAUUAAAUAUAUUAUUAUUAUAUUAUUUAUUUGGCUGUUUGGAAUCAUUAUUUAAAAAUCUUGAUUAUAAAUUGAAUACAAAAUAAUCAGAGUAAUGUUGAAUGCGUGCUCCCAUAGAGAUGCACUAACAGAGAACCCAACAGAUCUUCAGUGACUUUCUGUGAAUAAAUCCCUUUUUUUAAAUUACCAGCUGCCAUGCUUAAAAGAUCUUAUUUUUUUUAACUUUACCACAGCUGUCCACAAAGCCUCGACAUUGUAUUCAAUGUGGUGGAGAUUCCUGCUGACGUAAACAAAGGUCAUUACUAUCACCGACGGGGAAUCUGUACUGGUUGGCUAGAUGACAUUACUUCUGAACUGCAGUGUGGGAAUAUUGCUGAUCAAAUAAAGGCAAGAUUACUUUCUGUCAAGCCUAUAAAAAAUAUUUCCAACAUUCCUCUAUGGCCUGUAACCUUGGUAACACAUAUUUUUUUGCUUUUGGACAACUCCCUUUCACUACUGUAUUAUUUCUGCUACCGGCCAAAUUCUCAUUCUCUUUUGCUUACAGCUGAAACAUUCAUCUGACUGAUGUACUGUUUUUUUUUCGUUUCAAGCUUACACAUAUCCUGUUCUGUUAUUUCCUUCACACUGAUUGAAAAAAGUCCCUUACAUCUUAUUCUUUAUACCAUAUAACUUUUUAAAUUUCUUUUUCCACUUUAGUCUUCAUAUCUGACUCAUAUUGAACAUUAUCAAACAUGUUUUUUUUAAUCUAAGAUUUGAUUUUGCAGCUACCAAUUUUCUUACGGACAAACCAGCACUUCAGGCCACCAGAGAACUUAUCUCAUCCAAUCAUCAUGAUUGGCCCGGGCACUGGUGUGGCUCCUUUCAUUGGUUUCUUAGCACAGAGAAGUGCACAAAGAAAGCUACUUUCAUCUGGCAGUGCCUAUGGCACAACAAUGUUGUUUUUUGGCUGUAGGAAUAAAGACAAGGAUUUUAUAUUUAGGUGAGUUGCAUCCAAGGGGGUUACUUUUAAUAGACCCUUAGAAUGAGAAGUCCAUCGUUUUAGAUAAACCUUCCACAUCUAUGAAAGAUGUCAUAAUUUUCAACUUAAAAAAAUUUUAAUUGCACAGUUAUUAUUUGAAACAAAAUGGGAAAUCAACAUAAAGAAUUUCAAUAAAAAAGAAUUUCAAUUACGCUUAAGCUAAAUAAACAACAAUAGAGCAGGCUGGUUCGACAAUGAAUGCAGAGAGACUGUGGAAGAAAGAAACAAAGCACAAAUGAUCAUGUUACAAAGGGAAACCAGAAAGACAAUACAAACAUACAAGGAAGCCAUAAGGAAAGCAACGAAAAUGUGUAGGAAGAAAAAGAGGGAAUGGGGAAAAAGAUAAACUAAAGGAAAUAGAAGCUUUAUCAAGAGAGGGUAAUAUAAGAGGAAUUUACAUGAAGAUAAAAGAUGAAAAGAAUGGAUACCAAGACUGACCGCAAAUGUGUGAGAGCCACAAUGGAGAAUUAAUCAUGGAAAAUAGUAAAGAACUGGAGAGGUGGGCUGAAUAUUUUGAGGACAUACUGAAUGCAGACAAUAAACAAGAAGAAGAUUAUCAAUCCCCACAGGGAGGACCAGACCCGUUUAUACAAUGCCCAACCCUAGAAGAAACCAAACAGGUAAUUAAAUAUAUGAAAAAUCACAAAGCCCCCAGACAAGACCGUAUCACAGCAGAACUGAUUAAAUAUGGAGGAAAAGAGCUACACAAUCAGAUACAUAAACUUAUAACUAAAAUUUGGCAAGAAGAGAAAAUCCCAACAGAGUGGGAAACAGCAUUAAUAACCCCAAUUCACAAGAAAGGCUCCAAACUUCAGUACACAAACUUCAGAGGAAUCUCCCUAUUAAAUGUUACAUACAAAAUACUGAUGAAGCUUAUUGCCAAAAGACUACAACCUUACACUGAAGAAAUACUAGGUGAUUACCAAUGUGGAUUCAGGCCUAACAGAUCAACGACUGAUCAGAUUUGCACCAUCAGAUGCCUAUUAAAGAAAUGCUAUGAAUACAACAUACCAGUACAUCAACUCUAUGUGGACUAUCAAAUGGCCUAUGACAGCAUCAAAAGAAACUAUCUAUAUGAGACUCUGCAGGAGUUUGGGAUACCCAACAAACUGACAAGACUAAUACAUGUAACACUAGACAACUCAAAAAGCAAAAUCAAGAUUCAAGGAGAAUAUUCAAGGGAAUUUCAUAUUAGAAGAGGCCUAAGACAGGGAGACUCACUGUCUUGUAUGCUCUUUAACCUAACAUUAGAGAGAGUUAUUAGAAACAUACACAUUGAAACUCGAGGAACGAUAACAGGAUACACUCUACAACCAACCACUUCAGGAUCUUGCAUAUGCUGAUGACAUAGCACUUCUAGGGAAAAGUAUUAAAGACAUAUCAAAAUCCUUUUUUGAAUUAGAAGACGCAUCUCUACAAGCAGGGCUGGAAGUUAACAACCAAAAAACAAAAUACAUGACCAUGAUAAGAGAAGAACAAACAGAUGAAGCAAUUAAAAUUAGAAACCAGACUUUUGAAAAAGUAAAUCAAUUCAAAUACCUAGGAUCCUUGUGAAAUGAAAGAAACUAACAGAAAUAAAAGAAAGAAUAUCAGCCGGAAACAGGGCAUACUUCAGUAGUGAGAAAAUACUCAAAAGUAAAAACAUUACUAGAGAGACAAAGAAAACUAUUUAUAAAACUGUAAUCAGACCAGUUGUAACAUAUGCAAGUAAAACUUGGACCCUAACAAUAACAGCAGAAAACCUAUUAAACACAUGGGAGAGGAAAGUUCUCUGGAAAAUAUAUGGGCCAACAAAGGAUGAAUAUGGAUGGAGAAUACGAACCAACUAUGAAUUAUACAGUCUAUAUCAGGAUCACACGAUAGUAGCAGAAAUAAAAAGAGGCAGGCUACGCUUGGCAGGACACUUAGAGAGAGUGCCAAAUGACAGAGGAACGAAGAGGGUGCAUCACCAAUACCCCAGAGGAAAAAGGCUCAAAGGCAGACCUAGGCUUAGGUGGAUAGAUGAUGUGGAAAAUGAUCUUCAGCAGUUGAAAGUCCAAGCAUGGUCAUAGGUUCAAUCACUUAGGGUUUGCAGCCUCUUCAAUAAUAGCUGCCUGACAUUGCCGAUGAGUUCAUUUCACUCAAUAGUUAGAAUUCAAACUUUUUGCCUCACAAAUUUGAAACUGAUAUAAUAUAAGCCCUCCUGUCCUUUACAUAAAAUUUCUCGACAAAUAUUUCUUUUUUCCUAGAGAUGAGCUUGAACAGUUUGAAAGGGAGGGAACCCUGACCAAGCUAUGUGUUACUUUCUCCCGUGACCCACCUUUGACUACCUCGGAGCCAACAGUUAGGUAUGUCCAGGACAAGAUGCGUCUCAUGUCAACUGAACUUUGCCACCUUUUGGUUGACCAAGAGGCCUUGGUGUAUGUGUGUGGGGAUGCCAGGAACAUGGCUAAGGAUGUCAAUGAGGCAUUUAUGGAUAUCUUGCUGAGAGAGAAAGGUAAAUUUAUGAUUUUAAUAUUUUUUAAAUCAAACUUUUUUUACUGCAUUUUUUUAAAGCAACGAAAUAUUAAGAAGUAUAGGAAGCCACUCUCAAAUUCAGAUUUUAGUACUAGUACCACUCCCACACUUUGUAAUUAUAAGGUGCAAUUUAAAAAUAAAGACAUAAUUAAAUUGCUGGUACCAUAAAUCAUUUACCACAAUAUCUUUAUCUCAUGUCAUCACCAGCUUGCAAGAUUACCUACUUGUUAUUUUUUGAAUAUUUUUUCAGACAUGUCCAAGGAUGAUGCACACCUCUUCAUGAUGAAGAAAAGAAUUCACAAAACAUACUUUGAGGAUGUGUGGGUGUGAAGUGAAGAUGUGUAGAGAAGAUUUGUAUAAAAAAAAAAAAGGAUGUGUGGAAGGCCUUCCAACUGUCUUUACUCCAGAAGUUUAUGUUUUGUUUUUGUAAACACAUUACUUUUACGCCAACAUGCUGAUAUUAUGAAUCUUAUGAAUCAUUGUUUAAAAAAGUAAAAUAUAAAUACAUUUCCUAUGUUUCUAAAACUAAUGUUUAUGUAAAAUAAAACUGUCAAAUUUGUCAUUUUUUUCUAAAUGUAUGUUCACGUAAUCAGAUGCUGUAAAACGUCAUAUACCAUAGAACUUAUAUGUACUGAAAAAUACUAAUAUUUUGAUUAUGUUAAUGAAAUGUACAUACUGACUGCAAUGUUGGAAUCCUUUUUAAAAAAAAAACUAAUACUGAAGAAAUCAUAAGAUGCUGUUGUUUCUAGUAAGCAAGAUAUACAAUCAUUCAGUGACGAAUCCAUACAAACCUUUACAAGCAUGCUCUGUUCUCACCGACUUUGUAAAGAAAAAGUGAACAUCAAAAUGGAACUAUCUACAACCUUUUCAUUGUAUCUAUCUACUAGGUUUGCCCAAUAAAAGCUCAGAGAGACUAUUUUUAAAAGUAAUUUAUUAUAAUUGUACAUCAGUUUACUGAUUGAUAUGGUUUAAAAUAUAAUUUAUAAAAACAUAUUUUAAAAUCAAAACCUCAGAAAGAAGCUACAUUUUAAAAUUAAAUCUUUUGAAAACCAUUAUGAUCCCUAAGCUGCAAACACAAAAAAUAAAAUCCCCCAAAAAAUAAUUUGCUUUAAAAAGAAAAUAUUGAAAAAAAUAUAAUAGAAGGAAACACCCCCCCCCUCCCCCACGCCUCAACCUCUUUUCCAUAAAAAUAGAAAAAGAGAUGGAACCCAGCUGUGAUAAUACAGCAUUUUACAUGCAAAAAAAAAACACUUCUUUUUUAAAACCAAAGACUCGUCU